AUGCUCGAUAUGGACCACGAUGCAGGUGCAGAGGAUUAUGCUCCUGUAGCUGAAGCCGAUGUUGAGCCUGAGGUACCGUUGGAGGCAGAUGUAGAUGCAUCACUACCUCACAGGCCGUCGGUGGAGGAGAUUCUGGACGAGGACUCCAGCUAUCCACAGGCUCGUUAUGCUCAAGUCUUCUCCGGUGCAGGGCAGUCUUUGGGUGAGUCGAAGACACUGUUCACGAGCAUUCACGAUGAGCAGAUUUUGCAAGGAUCUGAAAUAUACGGACCAUUCGAAAACAAUGAGGAGUGGGAAUUGGCGAAGUGGCUCAUCCAGAAUGUGGGACAUACACAGGCAGAGAACUUCUUGAAGCUUCCUAUCAUCAGCAGUCGCGUCCAUCCCUCCUAUCAUAACAAAGAUGCUUUGCUAAGCGCAGUUGACUCGCUACCCAGCGGAGUUGACUGGAGGUGUGAGGAUAUUGAACUCACUGGGGAUCUCCCUGAUCAAGACGGAAAUGUCCUGACAGAAAACCUAGAGCUGUGGUUCCGCGAUCCACUUGAGUGCAUCCGCGAGCUCUUCAACAAUCCUGUUUUUGAAGACGUCAUGAAGUACGCACCGGAGCGUCAGUUUGCCGAUGAAAAUGGUGAAGUUCAGAUCACAAGUGAGAUGUGGACAGCGGAGUGGUGGUCAAACCUGCAGGAACGCCUUCCUCCCGGUGCCACAAUUGCACCGGUCAUACUGUUGUCCGACAAGACAAGGUUAUCACAGUUCCGUGGAGACAAAAGUGCCUGGCCGGUAUAUCUUACCAUCGGCAACAUCGCCAAGGACGUGCGUCGCAAGGCCUCCUCUCAUGCCACGGUCUUGAUUGGAUAUCUUCCUGUCGGCAAGCUAGACUGUUUCAGUGAUAAAACUAGGUCCAUUGUGAAGUACUGA